CCAAAUUUCUUACAAUAAAACCCCAUUAAAAUGCCCCCUUUGUUUUAAACACCAUCUAUUAUAUACAUGUGAAUCUUUCAGAAAUCUAUCUAUAGAAUCACGAGUUUGUAAAGCAAAGGAACUCAAUGUGUGUAUGAAUUGUUUACGCACAGGUCAUAUCACAUCAAGAUGUAGAUUAUCACGCUGCAAAUAUUGCAAAGGAAAGCAUAAUACUCUCUUGCAUGUAGAUGACCAGACCAUGUCUACGUCUAUUAAUAAUUCUAUGCCUAGUAGUAGUAGUAGUGUCGCCCUUCCUAUUGACAUUGCCGGUAUUUCUUCUACUAAUUGUCCAACAGGCAAUGUCGCUUUAUCUUGUGACACUAUCAUACAGAAUACUACUUCUUCUAUUUUACUGUCCACAGCUAUGGUGAAGGUUGUGAGCGAUGACGGUGAGAAGUUCGACGCCAGGAUCCUACUCGAUAAUGUCAAAGCCGUGCACAUCGAGCUCGUUACAGACCUAUCAAAAGAAGGGUAUAUGUCUGCUUUAAACCGUUUUGUGGCUCGUCGAGGUAAACCUCAAAGUAUCUUGUCUGACAACGGUACUAACUUUGUCGGCGCCUGCAACGAGCUACAAACGUUUUUACAGAAAUCUGAUAUUUCAUACGAGGUCACCCAACAGGGUAUUGAGUUUGCAUUCGCUCCUCCCUAUUCACCACACUUCAAUGGUAUCGCUGAGGCAGCAGUCCGUUCCACCAAACAUCAUUUAAGGCGAUUACUGCAAGUAGCUCAUUUUACGUAUGAGGAGAUGGCAACAUGUUUGACUCAAAUUGAGGCAGUUUUAAACUCACGUCCAUUAACCCCUAUUUCCUCUGAUCCUUUAGAUUUAACAGCCCUAACUCCUUCACAUUUUUUAAUUGGACGACCACUAAUGUCGGUUCCACAUCCACAAGUAAUUGACAUCAAAAUUGAGCGUCUGGAACGCUAUCACAGGGUGCAGCACAUCAAACAACAUUUCUGGCAAAGAUUUCACCUCGAGUAUAUUUCUCUACUCCAACAGAAAACCAAGUGGACGUCUUCAACUGGCCAGCUGUCUGCUGGAACACUCGUCCUAGUAAAGGAUAGAGGACAACCGCCGCUACUGUGGCUCCUGGGGCGCGUCACUAAAGUUUUCCCUGGCAUCGACGGGGCCGCACGCGUGGCCGAACUGAAGACCAAGAAGGGAACAAUUUUGAGGGCUUUCAACAACCUCUGCCCUCUUCCUGUUUCUUGAAUACUUCAACCCGAGGAGGAUGUUCGAGCGCUAUCGAACAUGAGUUAUUGACAGCCGCUAGGCCGGGACACCUUUCACUUUGCCUUGCGCCUACGACGUCACCGCACGCGUACCUUAUUAAUUAGCUAAUGUUCCUUGUAAUAUUAUA